AUGAAGAUUAGAAGUUACAUCUACUUGUCUUUUCUUGGACAGUUGAGUUUAUAGUUUGUCUUAACGUAUAAGAUAAUUUGAAGGGUAGACGUAGACGUUGGAUAAUUCUUUGGUAUACUCUUAAGAAUCUUAGGUGUUUCUCUUUAGUUUGAAGGUUAGAUUCAGAAUCUGCAGAUACAGUCAGUAGCUUUUUGUCCUUUUCUUUUGUGAUUUUUGUGUUGUAUAUAAAGUUCCAAGUGAUUUUAGUUGGUGAAAGGUGAAGUCCUGGUAUGGAUAUGAAGAAACAGAUUAUGGAUGAGUCUGAGAAGUUGUAUUGUAAGAAGUCAUUUAUGCUGCCUCCUCCUCCUCCACCGCUUCCUCCAUCUCCGGGAUAUGGAUCAAGAAAGAUCGAUGGAGACAGCAUAACCAAUAAACAGAUCAAGAAGUUUUGGAGGCAGAAGCAGAUCAUUGAAGAGGAUCAUCUCUUUUCUGCUAUUAAGGCUGCAGCUCGUGUCAGAGCUCGUAAUCUCUCUGCUGAGGAUUACAAACGCUUUGAAGAAAGUUUGUUGGACAUGGAGGACCCGGAAACCGAAGAUAAUCAGGGAUUAAAAGACUGGUGGACGAAGAGCAAAUAUGCAUACUUGAACCAGCCAGCUCUGGGAUCUGCAGAUUCACUGAAGAGAAAGAGGUUUUCGACGUACACACCAAACUGUUUCUCUUUCAAGCCUUGCAAUCCUCUCUACGCAACUUCGCUCAAUGUCUUUUGAACCAUGAGCAAACUCUGCUGGAUCAAUUGUCUUGCAAAUAUGUAUAUAUAGCUAUGUGCGUGUGUGUUUGUGUCUGUGUCAUUCAUGUGUUACUUACUGCUUCCAUGUUAAUGGAUUUGGACAUUGGUGCGUGGUUCUUGAUUUGUAACUGUUGAAUAAAACUCGAUCUUUCUAUGGAACAUUAAUUUAUUUUUGUUCCAUGGAUGAUGAAGUUAUUGUAGCACUUUGGUGUUUUGAUAUUUCUACCCAUAAGAAAAAUUCAGAUGAAUUAUACA